UGCGGCCAAUAUCCCUAUCACUUCUUGCCUUGCUUUCUUGAUGCUGAUUGACUUUCUUGCUACCAUCCUCCUUCUGAUCCGUAUCUCUCGCUUCUCUGGCACAAACUAUUUCCGCUCCGUACCUCUGGCUUAUGUUUCUGCUGGUGACUGCGGCUUAUGUGCAUGCACGUAUAAAAGUAGUUGUAAAGGUCGAAACCGCUAAGUGUUUUUAUCAAGAUGUCCCUCCUCAAAGUACCACUUAUCCUCUCAUCUGCAAUCGCGGUGCACAUAUCGCUCACACCCCCCAACCACCCUUUGAAUAAUGAGGUCGUUCACCAAACCCUCAUUGAGUGGAUCAUCAUCCAAGACGUCAAAUAUGGGCUCCCGCUCGCAAAGAUUGUUUCCUGGGCUGUUUCUUUAGCUGAAAUCGCCGUCCUUGCAUCUCGCGUGAUAGACCCUAGCACGCUUCCAAGCGUGAUGCAACUCGUGGUCGGUCCGCUUCGAGGGAUUCAGGAUAUGCCUAUCAAUUACCAUAUACUCAUGGGCACCGCACUUAUUGUUGCGGGGGGAUUCCUCCGCUGGUGGUGUUUCCGCACCCUUGGUCGUUUUUUCACAUUCAAGCUCAGUGUCCGCAAGGAGCACAAGCUUGUCACGAGUGGACCAUACGCGGUCGUACGCCACCCAUCAUAUGCAGGCACUAUCCUGCGGUCCAUCGGCAUGCUGAUGUUGUACGCGUCGCAGUCCUCAUUUCUUAGACGCUCAGGUGUUUUGAAUAGUAUCCCUGGACUGACAAUAAUGUUGGUGGCAUUACUGGUGGAGAGAAUCGUUGCUGUGACAAGUCUUGUGUGCAGGAUUGGUCAUGAGGAUGAAGUCAUGAAGUCAAUUUCCAGAGACGAGUGGGAGGACUGGGCCAAAGUAGUCAGGUACCGGCUCAUACCAGGCAUCUACUAAAUCUUGAGUACAUUGGCAUAUAAACAUGAC